AUGACGGAGCAUCAAGAUACUUCCGUUUGUCCACCGAGCCAAGACGAAGAGAUCGAGAAUCGUCAGCCUCAACUGGGUAAAGAUAUCGUGGAUCAACCCGGCUCAACACCCGUGGGAGAUUCCAAGGGUGAUGCAAAAGAAGGAGAAGGGCCGAAAGCGCAGAUUGCGGUCGAUGUUCAUAUGAGCAGCCCACAAAAAGAAGAGCUAGCUGAUGGUGACGCGGCGAAUACUUCGGUGGUGGAAUCCGAAAAAGGGGUCGAUUCGGAGGCGGAAGCAGAUGCUCAGACUGGCUCUGAACCCCGCAGCCAAUCUAGGGAAAAAGCCUCCUCCGCUAACGAUGAAGAUGAGGAUGUAAUCUGUGAUGGAGUGAAGGGAGGAAGCGAGAUCAAACGGACACCUGCUGGGAAACCUCCGAUGUCCCGUCUGGAUACCAGUGCAACGAGGAAGCGCGUCAGCUCAGCGCGGCGUGCAAGCUUAGAUCAAGAGAGCAAGCGCAAGAAGCUCGAGGAAAAAGAGCGUAUCGCUGAAGAGAAACGGCAAGAGAAGGAGCGAAAGGAGAAAGAACGAGAGGAAAAGAAGCGUGAGGAAGAGAUGAAGAAAGAAGAAAGGAGACGCGAGAAAGAGAAGGAGAAGGAGGAAAAGAAAAAAGAGGAGGAGGAGCGGAAGCGCAAGAAGGAAGAGGAGAGGGAGGCCAAACGCCGGGAGGAGGAGGAACUCAAAAAGAAGAAGGAGGAGGAGCGCGAGCGGAAGAGAAAGGAAGACGAAGAGAAGCAACUCAAGAAACGUCAGGAAGAGGAGCGCAAAGAAGCUAAACGGCGGGAAGAAGAGGUCGCCCAACUUUUGGAAGAGGAGAAGAAGCGCCGCGCAAGCGCCAAAUUUCUGUCCUUCUUCAAGCCGGUGGAAAAACGAGUGGAAUCGCCUGCGGAAAAAGAGCCUCAGACGCUCUGGUUUGUGCCGUAUGCAGUCCGGAAGGGCGCUGUUCUCGCCCCGCUUUUACGGCGGGAGUGUUUGCCGGAAGCUUGGCAACUAUCUGAACAUGAGACAUCCGAGCCAAGCUCCUACUUGCAAGACAUCAAGAAGAAAUACUCUUCAAGAACCCCGUCAACCGCUGCCGCAGCUCCUGAUUUUCCUCAGAAAAAUGGAGCGAAGAUCGAAAAGCUGAAGUCCUUCAGGCUUGUCCCAGCCACGAGCACGCGGCUGCUGAAGUCGAAGUUGUUCCAUUUCCACACAAAUUAUCGCCCUCCUUACUACGGGACAUGGGACCAGUCGAUACCAAAAGGGCUCAAUGGCCGGCGACCACUUUCGAAGGGAGAAGUAUUGGACUAUGAGGUGGAUUCGGAUUUGGAAUGGGAGGAAGAGCCGGAAGACGCCGAGGAAUGCCGGUCGGACGAAGAGGAGGAAGGGGAAGAUGAGGAAGACGAUGACGAUGAAGGCUUCUUCGUCGAGCCGCGCUAUCUAUCCGAUGGCGAGGGCGAGAGUGAGGACGAAGCGUGCGGGGCCAUCGGAGAGGGCCAAGAUGUGCGAGCGGCGCGGUUGGCGGCGCGUGCUCGAGAAUGGGAGCAGGGUGUGCGCCGGAAGAAACAAGUGCUUAACCCGACUAUCAUCGGCCCCACCUACAACAAGCCCCCCGAACGCUGUGAGGCCCUUAUGGCCGUCAUCUUC